AGGGGGUAGGCUUCAGCCGGACCGGAAUUAGGCACAAGAACAUAUAACACUUAACAUUUAUCGCUACAUCAGGUCAUAAUACGAGCAAGAAUAAUGAAGACUGUCAACGUGGUAUUGAAGAUCACGAGGCUGCUAUUCUCUACUUUAAUUUGUACGUGUUUUCCAGUGGUCUUGUUCCAUGUCAAGGAUGCAAAGCACAUUUUGAUUGGAGAAAUGUUGACUAUACAAGUGUUUAAAGCUUCUCUGCUGGGAAUAAAUGAUCAACUGAUGAUAUAUUUUCAAGGAAACUCCACCUCAAAUGAAGAAGUGUUGUAUGCACAAUACUUCUGUGAUAACGGGAAUUGUCAAAACGAUUCACCAGCUGUGCAUUUCCAGGUGCUUGAAGACUAUGUAUGUCUAGUCAUACCCAAUGUCAACAUCAGUAACUCAGGCCUGUACUCUGUGGUCCUCAAUGGUCAUACACAUGUCCAGAAUUUCACACUUCAUGUUUUGGGUCUAACAGAUGAAGCACCCAAGAUCACUGAGCCAGAGCUCUGGCACUUAUUUUGGUUUCUCCUUGUCACCGCUGUUGUCAUCUUUGUGGCCAUCAUCAUUGGUGUCUUCUGCUGGAAUCAUUGGAAGAGGGAUUACAAUGAAAUACAACUGAAUGAGCGGCAGGACAACAAGAUUAACGAGAUGAUGGAGAAGCAGCAAGAAUGUGUUGUGUAGCCCAAAGACUUGUGUCCGUCCCAUUAACUUCCAAAGAACAGAGGCAGAGCUUGGAGGAUUCCUUCAUCACAAGUGCAUUAUUACAUACAGCAUUAAUACAGAACCUGGUGUGUUCUCCAACUCUAAUGGUUAGAAAUGAAAGUGUUUUUGUUAUUGGUUACAAGGACCUUCGGUUCAUGCCUCAACUUCACCUUUGGUGAAGUUCACACAAAAAUGUCUUCUGAAGCCAUACCAUAGCUUUUGUGAAGUGUUUUUUGCACUAAAUUCUUCCCCUUGGCUAUAGCAUAAUGAGCCUUUUUUUGUAGUGUAUGAUGACAGAAUUUUUGUUUUUGGGUAAACUAUUCCUUUAGUCAGGAUUCUUUUUUUUUUCUUUUACAUUUUUAUCCCCUUUUCUCCCAAUUUGGAAUGCCCAGUUCACACUACUUAGUAGGUCCUCAUGGUGGCGCGGUUACUCACCUCAACCCGGGUGGCAGCGGACCCGGGUGGCAGUUGCCUCCGCUUCUGAGACUGUCAAUCCACGCAUCUUAUCACGUGGCUCGUUGUGCAUGACACCGCGGAGACUCACAGCAUGUGGAGGCUCAUGCUACUCUUCACGAUCCAUGCUCAACUUACCACACGCCCCACUGAAAGCGAGAACCCUUAAUCGCAACCACGAGGAGGUUACCCCAUGUGACUCUACCCUCCCUAGCAACCGGGCCAAUUUGGUUGCUUAGGAGACCUGGCUGGAGUCACUCAGCACACCCUAGAUUCGAACUCGUGACUCCAGGGCUGGUAGUCAGCAUCAACACUCGCUGAACUACCCAGGCCCCCUUUAGUCAGGAUUCUUGUUACUUUUAUUUGAGAGAUUCCCUGAAGUCACAUUACAUGAACAGUUUUUCACAGUCUAUAAAACCUGCCACCUAUGGCGCCAAAUGGAAUUGCAAUGGUAAUGAGUGUUUUCCUACCGGACCCGUAGUCCCACCCCAAAGUCAUGCCACUGGUUAAGUCAGAAGUUGACCUCUCUGGAUGCUCAAACAAACAAAGGAAUGUCUUGACAUGGAGACAGGACCACAUGUUACAUUCCCCUUUUUUGUCCCUACACUGGAAAAAAAAAACUGGCAGCUGUGGUUUAAAUAAGAAGAAACAUAACUACUCCCAUAAAAUAUAAUGAAAUGCAGUGGGUCACGCAGGGAAUUCUGGGAAUGCCUGAUUAUUGUUUUUUUUUACCGUAAUUUUAACAAUAAUUUACCAUAAAAAGUACAUGUACUCUCUUGUUGAACAUAAUGUACAUUGUUACCUAAAAUUUUAUGGGAAAAUCAUACUUUAUACAUCAAAAAUAUUGAUUUUUUUAAGAAAUUUUAUUUUAAAACUACAUGUAUUGUUUUUUAAAAUAUAUAUACAAUUACCGUAUAUUUUAAGGGACCUACUCUUUUUUACUGUAGCAUUUUUACAGUCUUUUACCGUUAAAAUUACAGACAUUUUUUGCAGUGUAAUUUCUGUAGAACUACGGAACCACAAACCUAUAAGUUAUUACAAGAGAACUUGGUAUGGUGCCACGUAAUCUCUCUCUCUGUUAACCUAUCAUUUUGUGUUGUUUUUUGUUUCAGUGUGCACAUCUCCACUUUUGCAGAUGCACAGCACUUUCAUAUACUUUUAAUUCUUAUUUAUGACCAUUUUUAAUUUAAAUUGUAUUUAUGACUGUUUAUAAAAGGGUACUUUUAGAUCCUCUUAUAGCAAGAUCUGUAGCCCCUUCUAGACUCCUCCUAUUGUUCUAGAUUUUCACCUUUUUCCAUCACUUAUCUCCAACAAACUGGAGGCUUUUGUUCGAACAGAAUAAUGCACUGCACAGUUUUUGAAACAAUUUAAUGCUGAUGUUUUGAGAACUUUAUCUUUUGUCUUCAUUUAAUGUCUUGUUAGUAGUUUUUGUGUGAGUGUGACAUUAUGGUUGUGUCAUACCAGCACACUGGCUUCACAAGUGUCAUUAUGCGGCACUGGAUUAUGAUGUUUACAAUCUUCAGGUGACAUAGUAUAAUGUAAUAAAGAAAUAUGCACAUGUAGAUUGAUGUACAGUAAUUCAGUUUUACUGAAGAAAUGUCAUGCACAGAGCGUGGUAAUACUGGAUUAUGAUUAGAACAAUAUGUGCCUUAUAUAUAUAGUCUUAUCAUCCAUUUCUGAGAAACAUACGUGAUGGAUACAGUGAUAUCAUCUUUUCUAAUAGAGGCCAGGGUGCAUUCAAUGUAUGUUUGUGUGAUAUAAGAUGUGAAUCUGCAUUUUUAUGGAGAAUGUGACCAAAUGUGAAUGUGACUUUAUGAAUUUAAUUUAUUAAA